UCACUCCUACCUCCCGUCCUAUCCUCUCAUAAAUGCUGGUGGUAACAAAGGAGACAACAACAAGGGGAUGAAGGGUGCUCAGACUACAAGCCUGUCAGAGAAACAAUAAGAAACUGAACCGGUUCGCUUUUACGUUGGGGAUUUAUUUUAUUAACAGUACCGUUUUUUCCUCCGCGAGACGAGUUAAAGUUCAAAGUAAAUGUAUCUGCGACCUGGACCCAUUUUAACCUAAAACCUUUUUUCUUGCCAAAGCUAACUAUGCAGGACUGACAACACUGCAGCCGAAUAACUCAAGAUAAAGAUCCAGGCAUGUCUGAAUAAGAUCGGUGAUGAAGACGUGCUCACGUUGACCGUUGCCAUCUAAACUUGAACUCUGACUGGUCAGGGCUGAGAGUGAAACACACAGUAAGCAACCAUGUCUGUCCAGCAAGCAUCCCAACGGCCCACGUCGCCUUCAGCCUUCAAACCUGAGGCCAGAACGAGACCGGGUAUCCCUCCAAAACCGUCCACGCAAACCAGUUUCCCUCCUCUGGGAGACAGCAGUCCAAGCCUUUCUGGAGGGAAGGUCAGGAGCAUUGUGGACAAGUUUACCAAACAGAAGUCUGUGCCGAAUGAACUGGAGGAACAUCCCACCAAUGGCACUGCAGAGCUCACGCAAAGUAAACAGUUCAAAAGGCCUCCUACGAUAAAGCCCAAACCAUGCCGAACCAGCCUGCCGCUUCAGACUGGGCGAGAGCAGGCGCCUCCGCUGCCUGUGAAGAGAACCCGCACCCUGCAGAAGCAGAAAGGGAUUGUGGGAGGAGAGGAGGGGGACGGCAUCAGCGUGGAAGGAGGUCGAUCAGCCCCUGAUGGAAAAGAGGUGGAGGUGAAGCUGAUUGGAGGAGGUGAAGUGGAGGCGGAGCACAGUUCACACACGCCUCUCGGUUCCUGCUGUGACGCAAGCUGCAGCUGUGUGUGCCACCUCCAGUGUCCGGGCAUGAAACUAAUAUGGGUGCCAGUUGAUGAGGAUGAUGGUGGGGAGGAGGAGGAGGUUGGAGGUGGAGAUGAGGAUGAGAACGAUGCUGACGAGCAGAGGGGGGAGAAUGGGGAGGAUUGGGAGGAGGAUGAGGAGGCAGAGGGGGGAGGGCACCACAAGGCAGGGGAUGAGGUGGACAAGACUCCUGUGGCUGAUGAAAGUGAAGUGUUGAAACAAGAAAAGACAAAGUUCCACCAUAGUUUGGGUGUUUUGAUCGCUGAUGGUCACAGGAGAUGUUCGGACCCGGGCCCUGCCUCUGUUCUCGCCUCCCUUGCUGUCACUCGCUCUCAGUCUCCCCCAGUUCCCCCAAAACGUGUUCCAUCACCACAAAUGCUCCAAACUCACAGCCAAGAUGAAGAUGAGAAUAUUUACGAGCUCACCCUUCCAGCGUUCGACCCCACUCCAGUAAUAGUGCGCAAACCAGCCCGCCGGUCUAAACUGUCCAACAGCACCUCACUCACAGACCAGACGUCCCAGUUUCAGAAGAACACAGAACCCACCUCAAACCCGCACGACGUGGUGCCCGUCGUCCCACCGAGGAUGCCUGUUAAUCAGGACAGCCGCAGCCUCACGCUGGCGCUCCGGGGCGGCAUUCUUCUCCCCCAGCCCACGCUGGAGGAGUGGCGCACCUUGCUGCCCUCGUCCACCAACAGCCUCGCCGCCAGCCGGCUGAGCCCCCAGCGGCCCAUCACUCCACCCCCUUCCGCCCCUCACAGACCCCCACCUCCACCGCCAAAGACAGAUCCCCGGAGGCUCAGCUAUGUCUCGCAGCAAUCCCUAACACCCAAAAGCGAAGGAGGGGAGGAUGGAGGGAAUGAAGAAGAGAAAGAGGACACACUGGAAGAGCCGAGGGGGUUUUCGUUCAACUGGAAGCCCCGGCUGCAGGAUGAACCUCUGUACCAGACGUACCGUGCCACUGUCAUCACCAAGGAGAUCCGACGCCAGACAGUUUGCCGUAACAUCAGUAAAACUAGCGUGGACUUUGCUAUGGACUGGGCACCCCGUCACGCCGAGACUGGAACUGGUACAGGGACUGAAAAUGAAGCACCGAGGGGCAUCCCUGUGCCCACACCGGGCCAGAACACCUUGUGGCAGGACCUCCCGGCUGUUCGGAAGGGAGGGGUGCUGGAGAAGCUCACCCCUGAACAGUGCAAGUACCAGGAGAGUAUGUUUGAGGUUAUGACAUCAGAGGCGUCUUACCUGCGGUCGCUGCGAGUUCUGACCGAACACUUUCUGGACAGCCGGGAGCUGGAGGAGACGAUGAUCAUCAGAGAGAAGAAGACCCUCUUCUCCAACAUCCUGAGGGUCAGAGAGGUCAGCGAGAGGUUCUUGAAAGACCUGGAGGACCGCAUAUUCUCAGACCUUGUCUUCCCUGACAUCUGUGACAUAAUUCACUACCACGCCCAACACAACUUCCCUGCCUACAUCGACUAUGUCCGCAACCAGAUCUACCAGGAAAAGACCUACACCUGUCUCAUGAAGAACAACGUGGCGUUUGCUACGGUCAUCACUCGUCUUCAAGAGUCACCUCUAUGCCAGCGGCUGCCCUUCAUGUCCUUCCUGCUGCUGCCCUUCCAGCGAAUAACACGCAUCAAAAUGCUCGUUGAGAACAUCCUGAAGAGAACAAAGGAGAAGACGACGGAGGAGCAGGCCGCCUCCAAGGCUUUGGAUUCGCUGUCGAAGAUCAUUGAUGAGUGUAACACACAGGUGGGAAAGAUGAGACAGAUGGAGGAGUUAAUCCAUGUGUCUCAGACACUGGAGUUUGACAAGCUCAAGGCCAUCCCGAUCAUUUCACAGACACGAUUCUUGGAGAAGAAGGGAGAGCUGCAGGAAAUGUCUAAAGGAGGAACUCUCUUCAACAUGAGGGCAAAGUUCACCCCCGUCUAUUUCUUCCUCUUCAAUGAUCUGCUCAUCAUUGCUGCCAAGAAAGGUGCGGAGCGUUUUGUGGUACUUGACCACGCCCACCGUUCUCUGGUGCAGGUGCAGCCAAUAGAAGAAGGUGGGACCAUCGCCGGCACUGCCGAGCACUGCUUCAGCCUCACCCUGCUGGAAAACCACCAGGCCCGCAUGUUGGAAAGGGUGUUCAAAGCUCCCUCGGAGUCAGACAUGCACAGGUGGAUGGCGGCUUUUCCCAACCCCACCAACCCAGAAAGAGAAGAAGAAGAAGUGAUAUAUGAGGACUGGGAUUGUCCUCAGGUGCAGUGUGUGGAGCAGUACAUUGCCCAGCAGGCAGAUGAGCUCACCCUGGAGCCCACUGAGAUCAUCAACGUCCUCCGCAAAACCAACGAGGGCUGUUAUGAAGGGAUCCGCCUCUCCGACGGUCAGAAGGGCUGGUUCCCCGAGGCAAACGUCAUCGAGAUCACCAAUGAGCACGUGAGGCGGCGAAACAUCCGAGAGCGCUACAGAGUCAUGCAGGCUGCGGGCAUGGUCACCAAGACCAACACCGUUAACAGAGAUAAUUUUUAAAAGGACUAUAAAUGGAGAGAAACACUUCAGACUAUUCCGGGAGCUUUAUUAGCUGAAGUGUCAGUUUCUAACAACGACGAAAUGAAAGAUAAAAGGAGAAGGGUGACUAUCAUGAGACAUCAUACCAGAAACGCAGUCGUCACCUUUUUAAAAACUGUGUGAGUGUGCCUUUAAGCAGCUGGGAGCUUGAGGUAGAUCAUUUACUACUGACACUGAAUGUGCAUGUGUGCAUUCAAUAACAGAGAUCAGCGUCUGGCAGCAGCAGCAGCGCCUCCUCUUGUGAGCACAUAGCCCUGUGUUGACGUGUCAUCGUGCUCUGCUGUGAAAGCUGCAGUUUGGAAAUGCCGAUCAUUCUAGCCGCUGCUCGACCAGAUUGUCCAAAUGUCAGACCGGCUGCAAAGAAAAGAGUCGGGUGUUCCCGUAAACGCCUCUUGUGCCACAGUUGUCACACGCACGCACAAGUUGAAUCCUCUCAUUCCUGGCAUGCACAACAACCAGUCGCAACAAGGUGGCCCGAAUACAGGACAUGACAUGUUUUAUGAUACUUUCUUUUAUGAUAAAACUAAACACAACAUGAUGGACCUGCAAAGAAAUUUAAUUAGGAAGUGCCUUUUACUAAAACUCAGCACACAGACCUACACGAACACUUGUGUCGGCAUCAAAUCAAGAACAACAGCUUUGAAAGUGCAUGUAAAUGUGGGCUGAGCUAUUGUGCCAUUAUGUUUCAGAUCGUUGUGCUGUCCACUAGCCUUGUAGCUUAUGUCACUGGCCAUUGUGGAGUAUUGCUGUAGCUCCCCCCCGUGAAGAUACACUGUAUAUGUACAAUUUGCUGUAAAUAGUAAGUGGGGGGUGGAGGGGAUUCUCUCCUUCAGAACAGUGGUAGUGCUUUUAAUAAAAGUCUGUCCUUUAAA